CCUCGGCGCCUCACUGCUCCUCCUCGCCUUAUUUGUCCUCCUCCAGUAGCCCCACCAGCCUUGUAGGAACCCUUGGGUGCCCUUGGAGGCGUAGUGUGGUGGGAGGCCGGUGUGGCAGGCCUGGGAACGGUGGCUGUGGUGGAGUUGCGGGGCUGAGGCGAGUGACCGAGACUAGUGCUGUGUGGUGGUGAUUUAUUAGUGACUGUGGUGCCGCCGAGGUGUGUGUGGCGCCCCUGGCCGUGUGGUGAAGGGGACCUGCGUGUUGCGGCGCCAUAGUGGUCGUGGGGCCUGACUUGUGGUUACGUCAGUGGAGUGGCGGUGGUGCCCUGGUCUCCUCCCUCACCUCACCUGUUCUAUUUAUCUGUCACUGUCAGGAGAAUAUUGGCAUCACAGUGGUGUUUUCAUGAGAUGGUUGAGUUAGGUUAGCUUCAUAGUAAUUCACUCCGCUAAUCUCACAGCGGGUCCCUUCAUUGCGGGGGUUAGCAAGCGUGGUAUUAGCCUGUGUGCUGAAAAUACAAACUACAUUUUGCAUUGCUUAAUUUAGACUAUGAAUUGUGAAAUAUAAGGUGUCAUGGCCGUUGUGAGCGUGUAGGAGCGGCAGUGUGGAGCGUGUGUGGAGGGCCAAGGAUGUGACAGUGGUGGCCCUGGUGAUGCUUCCACCUGGCCACUCACUCCUUGCCCCCGUGUGUUGAUACUCGCCCCCAGCCCCCCGGUGUGGCCCCCCCCAUGAAGUAGUAGGAGCUUGGCGAGUGUGGUGGAGGGCGGGCAGCAGGUGGGCGCCCCAUGUGUGGGGUGGCGCAGGACACAGCCGGUCACAGUGACACAGCGCUCCCCCUGGAGGCAGCCAUGCCCCCCUCAAUCACCCUGGGCUCAGAGCCCCCAAAGCCCGCUGGGGGCCUGGGGGACCGACCCCCCCAUCAGGACCACCCACCGGGCAAGGACAUCCCCACCAUUGACCUGUCCUGUGACGAGAAUGACGACCUGCAGAAGGCCAUCGCCCUCAGCCUGCAGGACCAGGAUGGUGCUGCCACUCUGCAGGGCAUGUCGGCAGAGGAGCAGGAGGUGUCCCGUGCCCUGGAGGCUUCCCUCAAGGAUUCCCAGCCCCAGGCCACUGUUGACCUGCUCAAUCCUCGGGAGCGGUGCCGCCUGCCGGGCCGCCCUGUCGGCCUCAAGAACAUCGGCAACUCAUGCUGGUUCAAUGUGGUGAUCCAGCCGCUCUUCCACAUCCCUGUGUUCAGGGACCUCAUCCUGGACUUCCCGCAGAACCUGGAGGUGGAGGAGCACAUGGAGGAGAGCCACAAGGGGCCACAGCUGGUGCCCGCACUGCGCCGCCUCUUUGCCCUCAUGAUCGGCUCCCACAGGAAGUAUGUGGACCCGUCCCUGGCCGUGCAGGUGUUCCAGGGGCAGGAGAUGCGGCGCAAUGCCCAGCAGGAUGUGUGUGAGUUCACCCACAAGUUGCUGGAGCGCCUGGAGGAGGAGUUCCAGCAGCUGCUGCGCCGCCAAGGUGUGGAGAAGGAGAGCUCCGGCAGACACAUCUCCAAGGAUGCAGACUUUGACAACCCAAUCAUGAAGCUGUUCUAUGGCCAGGCCAAGAAGGAAACCUGCGACACUGGUGCCAACGGGGACCAGCAGGCACCGCAGGAACAGCAGCAGCAGCAAGAUGCAGAGCAGCAGCAACAGCAGCAGCAGCAGGAGGAGGGCCCCAAGCAGGAGGCGUUUGGGCAGUACCCGCUGAGGGUGACCAACUUCCGGCACAUCCACGACAGCAUUCUGGCGUCCAUGAGCAGCAGCGUGCCUGGCAGCAGCGGCGGCAGCGGCAGCAGCAGUGGCAGCAGUGCACCGCCGCGGCAGGAAACGUGGUUCAAGAUGCUGCCACCGGUGCUGGUGUUCUCGCUGUCACGGUACGAGUACUCCCACGAGAAGAAGCGUGCUGAGAAGGUGCACAACAAGUUUGAGUUCCCAGAGUUCCUGUUCAUGGACCGCUACAUGGAGGCCAACAAGGAGCUAGUGCGGGAGAAGCAGGUGCGGGUUGCCUGCCUGCGGGGCAAGCUGGGCGCCCUCAACCGCACGCUGGACCGCUACCUCAAAUACGGCUCGGGGUCAGCACAGUACCCCAUUGCCGACAUCCUGCGCUACACCCUUGACUUUGCCCAGGCUGGCGGCGAGGCGGGCCAGGAUGCCCCCUCCCCCCCGAUGAUGGAGGUGGACGGGUCAGAGGACGACGUGGAGAUGGCAGAGGAUGGCCUCGACUGGAUGCCUCGCCCCUCCCCAGCCCCCAAGGAGGAGGAGGAGGAGGAGAAUGGGGCGGGGGAGCAGCAGCAGCAGCCGCUGCCCCAGCAGGUGCCGUCCCCCUCGAAGCGCAUGCGUCUGCUGCCCCCCGCACCGCGCUCUAUCUCUGGGGCGGAGCUGGCCACACUGCAGGGCUGCCUGGUGCGCUGGCUAAAGGAUGUCACGGCGCAGGUGGAGGAGCUGCGGCGCCUCAUCGGGGAGCUGGAGCGCCAGCUGAGCCAGGUGUACGAGGAGCCGGCGCUGCGCCAGGUGCCGUACCGCCUGCAUGCCGCCGUGGUGCAUGAGGGCCAGGCCUCCGGAGGCCACUACUGGGUGUACAUCCACGACCCCCAGGCCGGCGGCUGGCGGAAGUUCAACGACAUCCAGGUGGUGGAGGCCAGCUGGCAGGAGGUGCUGCAGGACAGUGUGGGCGGCCACAAUAACACCAGCGCCUACUGCCUCCUCUACAUUGACCAGGGCCGCUACCCAACGCUGUUCCCCUCCGCACCCAAGAGCCAGGAGGAGCUGCUGGCCGGCCUGGCUCUUGACCUGCAGGAACACAUCAAGGGCGAUAACCAGGCCUUCAGCCGUGAGCUGGAGGAGUGGGACGCCCGGCAGGAAGCCGCCCACCCGGAGGUGUCCGAGGCGGCGGAGGCAACAUCCAUGCCGGCACCAGUGUCCGGCUCACCUGACGUGGUGUGUCUGCGGGAGGGUGAGGAGAGCAGGUUCUUUACUGAGGUGGAGACCAUGCUGACCCACAUGGUGCGGGACGCCCUCACCAAGGCCCCGGACAAGACGGCGACCACGACAGGCCACGUGCUGUACCCGCUGCUCAACCAGCAGGUGACGCAGCUGCAGAACCUGGAUGUGGCGCACAGUGACGCCAAUAGCCUGUACUGUGAGCCCUCUCUGCUGGACUUUGGUGUGUACCUCAUGCGCAACGUGCAGAAUGCUGACUUCCUGCUGCAGGUGUACGGCUGCGAGGUGGUGCUGCAGGUGGCCCGUGGCCUGUCCCAUCACACCCCACUGGUGGAACAGGCAGAGCGGGAGGCCCUGCUGCUGCUGCGGCAGCUGACAGACAAGCAGCGGCGGGCAGAGGAGGGCCAGUACCGUGGCUGGCUGCGGCACUACCGUUGUCUGGUGGACUGCACCUGGCACCUGGUGUAUGGCUUCAAGCAACACCAGCGUGGGGCUCUGGAGAGUGCCCUGCCACACCUGUUGCGGGCGUGCCAGAUCCACCACGAGCUACAGGAGCGGCCGCCGUCAGGGCCCAGGAAGACGCUGGAUGGCCGCGUGCUGUGCCAGGCGCGCAACACAUGCCUUGUGGCGCUCAGCAAGCGGGUGCUGGACACCUUUGUGAAGGAGGAGGCGGAGCAGCUGGGCGAGAUCCCCAGUGUGGUGAAUGGCCUGCUGGUGCCGGCACUGGCGCAGCUCAUGUCCACGGAGACAGAGGAGGACCGCACCACCAUUGAGCAGGUGCGGGCACGCUGGUGCUCGCUGCUGGACCAGGAAUGGGAGGUGGUGGCACCAGCCAAAUCCAAGAUGGUGCAGCAGCUGCUGGAGACCAUCAUGAACGCCGGCUCUGAGGCGCGCAGCAGUGGCCCCUUCCAGACACCACGGCCCCCCAAUGUGCUGCAGCUGUACAAGGAGUACAUCAAGUGUUGCAAUGAGAUCAUGUCCCAGCCGCUUCCCGUGCCACCCUCACCCACCGCCCCCACCGCCUCCAAGGCACAGACCAGCGACUUGUGAGGCCGCCUCGCCCCGCCCUGCCCUGCCUCGCCCUGCCCCGCCCCGCCUGACUCUCCCACAGACUGUGAUAGUGUUGAGGACAGUGUGAAGCAAGGGCACCCUACACCCUACCACCCCCUCCCUCACCCUGUACUGCCCCUCACAGUCCCUGCCCUUGCCGCAGCUCCUACCUGCUGCCCUGUGUGUGCUGGCCCUGCCUCGGCCUUGCUUCAUACUUGAGUGACUACAAAUCUUAACAAGAACAGUGUUGUGCGACACCUGGAAACAUGAGCAUGUGUUGGUCUCUCUCUCUCUCUCUCUCUCUCUCUCUCUCUCUCUCUCUCUCUCUCUCUCUCUCUCUCUCUCUCUCUCUUUGUGUGUCUCACAUCAAUUUAAAAGAAAAAGAGGUUUCCAUCUUUUGGUGUUUACGUUUGUUUGUGUCAAAGCCGGCUCACUGCAGCCUCUCCUCCGCCUACUCCCUGAGUAAGCCUCCUCUCGCCCAGCCUAGGGACCACCUGUGCCUGUCCCACCCUGCAUCCGCCCUGCUGCCCCGCUGCCCCACUGUCCCGCUGCCUCGUGACUGUCACCUCCACCACCAAGAGGACGCCCCACCACCACCACCACCACCUCCACCUCCACCUCCACCUCCACCUCCACCUCCACCUCCACCUCACACAGCCUGGUGGCCUCACAUCAGUGGCCUGGUGCAAGGACGCAGAGACUUGUGGUGGGCCUUGAUAAGUGACCUUGUCUGACCCAUUUUGACCCAGGCAGCUCAGACCUUUUCCUGCCCUCUCAGUCCCCAUUCCAGUCAUUGCCACCCAAACAACACUCAUGUCUAAACUUCAUUUCUACCACAGUUCCCCCUUUCACUGCCCUGUGCUGCAAAGAAAACGGGUGCUCCUUUUCAGAUACCUUUGCCUUUUUCCACACCAGUCAUAACCUAAUCUUCAACAUCACAGCCUCCCUCUAGUGCGGUUUUUCCUGUCCUGGCCUUUAAAUAUAUAUCCUAUGCAUGAAUGAAAAUGUAAUCCUAUUCUGUAUUCUUUGCUUUGCUCUUAAUCCUACUAAAAGGUAUUCAAUUCCACUAAAGUGCUCUUAAAUCCUCUAUGUCCACUCCUUGGACACUCACUCCCUUUGUCGCAUGCUUAGCCCCUUUUAGAUUCUCCCCUUGCUAUUCUAAUCCCACUAAAUUCCCUUAAAAGCUUUUCUUACACACUCAAUCCCCUUCAAGAAUACUUCAAUCCUCUAUUUGCAAGUUUGAUCUCUAUAACACCCUCAAUACAUUAUCAUGCUUACUUAAUUCCAAUUAUUAAGACUUAAAUCCUCUAUAUGCACUGUUAAUCCCACUAAAACACUUACACUUAUCAUGCACACUUAAUUCUCCUCCGUAAGACCUAAAUCCUUUGUACACUCUUGAUCCUACUAUGACACCCUCAAAACCUUAUCUCAUGCACACUUUAUCCCACUCAAAAAGACCUUAAUCCUCUUUGUGCAUUCUUGAUCCCACUAUUAUACUUUAUCAUGCUCACUUAAUCCCAUUGAGUGAGACCUAAAUCAUCUUUGUGCACUCAUGAACCUUACUAAAACACCUUCAGAACUAUCAUAUACACUUCAAUCCCAUUCAUGGUGACACCUUGAGCCAUGGA